ACUGAGAGAGUCAAUGAGUCCACGAAAUGUAGUGAUGAGAUGAUGCCAUCUAAAUCACCCCCGACUAUGAAAUAGUGUGCUCCGGGUGUAAAACAGGCCUCUCCUCUCUUGUUUAGCAAUUGUUGUGCAGUUGUUUAGUUGAGAGUCGUGUAUGUGUUGUCUGUGAGGCAAAUGCUUUGAACAGUUGAGAGUCUCUGUUGAAUGCAUACCAAAGCCAUGGCUCAUGAGUUGUAGUAAUACUCGUCUAAAGGACUGACACAGCAGUGAACCACUGAUUCACAGUAACUCUCUAUAUAUUAUAUGCUUAGGUGUACUCACUAUUGCCGAUACACACGGCUUCUGCAUUACUAAAAGCACUCAUACCUAUUGGUUUGGCACCACUAAUACUAGUGCUGUAAUACCAGUGCUCUGUUGACUGACUUGUGAAGAGUUCUCUGGAAAAACAAGCGCUUAAUUGAAUCCAUUAUCAGAAGAAAUUCACAUAUAUUUAUAAGACUUUAAAACUAUUAUAACAGCGACCAUCACAACCAUCACAACCAUCACAACCAUCACUACUAUCACAACCAUCACUAUCAACCAUCGCAUCCAAAAACAGUGAACCACUACUUCUUGUGCUACCCUUUUCACUGGCAAUAAAAGAUUCAACAAAAAAAUCAGUCAAUAGGACACAACAAACAUUAGUGCAUAUAUACAACACAUCCCUGUUUUACCCGUUUUUGCCAUCGUUUGAAUCAUUUAUUCGACAGUAAAUUUUCACUUACUCUCUCUGGUUAUAUCAUAUAUCAACAUAAGUUGUCUCCAUAUCUUUUAAGUAGUAGUUUUAUUGUGUCAAUACUUCCGCAUACAUGUGGACAUGCAUGCCUUAAGACCGGCGCGUUCACUACCGUCACUGUCUGGGAGGCGAUCCAGUUAUCACCAUCACUAUCAUCAUCAGUCAUCCAUCAACUUAAUCAACUCAAGUCCACAGUUUUAUUUCACACCAAUUAUGCCCCGAAAGAUGAUUGCAAAAGUUUUACAAUUUAUAUUUUUUGUCAUUUUGAUGGUAACUGUUAUAAUAAAUAUAUUGUUUAUUGUGGACACUACUCAACGUCUGCGAAAUGAAUCUAAAAUUAAUGCUGACGAUUCCUCAGCAAACAACGUCAGACCUAAUAGUCUUAAACUACAGGAGAGCCAAAACAGAGUACUCAAAGUGGAAGUACUGUCGAGUCAGUCAAAAGUUUCAGUCAUUGUGGACGGAACUACUAUAUUAGACGACUCGGAUGAAAACAAGGGAAGAGGCAUACAUGUGCUGGUUCUUCACCAGUCGACCGGAUCCGUUAUGGCUCAGCGUCUCUUUGAUACAUACUCUCCCCAUGAAGAUGAAGCCAUGUCUUUGUUCCUAUCGAUGAUCACAGACGGGAGGAUUAUCAUAAUGGCUAUAAAAGACGAGGGGACUUUUCAAAUGAAACAAUCGUCACGUGAUGUGCUUAAGAGGUUAGGCUCACAGAAAUCACAGCAAAUCGGUUGGCGAGACAUGUGGGCAAUGGUUACUCAAAAAGGUGGCAAAAUGUUAGCCGAGAGUUACAGCCGAUCGCCUGAGUUUAACAGUUGGGGCGCACCAGUUGUCUUGCGGGUCGAAAUCGGAUUGAGUUCUGCUUCUGAAAGUGAAUGCAAUUGGAGUGAUAGUGAAGAUAACACAAGACGUAAAAAUUUUUGUUCGCAUAUUGAGGGCUAUGGAAGUGUCUGUAGUUGUUUAGAACCGGCGCCGUUGACUCUGAGCGGACCCAUCAACCACUCACUUCCCAUAUCACAAGUUCCGGUCGCUAUUGUGGCUUCCAAUCGACCCCAUUAUCUCUACAGAAUGUUGAGGUCAUUAUUGUCUUCCUCGGGAUGCAAUCCAUCAAUGAUUACUGUAUUCAUUGACGGCUAUUUUGAAGAGCCAUUAGAAGUAACAAAACUGUUUGGUUUGAGAGGCAUUCAACACACACCUAUCGGUGUCGGUAAUGCUCGCAUUAGUCAACAUUAUAAGGCUAGUCUAACGGCCACUUUUAAUCUGUUCCCUGACUCUCAAUAUGCUAUUAUAUUAGAAGAAGAUUUGGAUGUUUCUCCUGAUUUUUUCUCUUAUUUUUCUCAAACAAUGAAACUUCUUGAUGAAGACGAGUCAAUAUAUUGUAUUAGCGCUUGGAAUGAUCAGGGAUAUGAACAUACCAGUGCUGAUCCGGCAUUACUCUACAGAGUUGAGACAAUGCCCGGUUUAGGUUGGCUUUUGAGCCGUAAACUCUAUAAACAACAGUUAGAGCAGAGUUGGCCCACACCUGAAAAGUUAUGGGAUUGGGAUAUGUGGAUGCGUUUACCUGAUAUUAGACGUCAACGCGAAUGCAUUGUUCCCGAUGUCUCGCGAACCUAUCAUUUUGGCUCUUCAGGCCUUAAUAUGAACUCCUAUUUUCAAGACAUUUAUUUUAAGAAACAUGCCUUCAAUACGAUGCCUGACAUUAAACUAAAAGAUAUCGAUAGUGUCAAAAAAGACAAUUACGAGCGUCUCAUUCAUAACCUAUUGAGAAAAGCCAUAGUCGUUGACCACAGCAAGAGUCCGUGCGAACAGUCCUUUAUACCAAAUACCAGAGGCCAGACAUAUGUGGUAUUCAUACGUAUGAUAACACCCAAAGACUACGCCACGUGGCUGGCAGUGGCCAAGUGUUUCAAGAUAUGGGAUUUGGAUCCCCGCGGAUAUCACAACUCAAUGUGGAGGUUCUUCUAUAAGCAGAACCAGAUUUUGGUGGUUGGCGUACCCAACAGUCCCUAUUCAUCAUUCAAACCAUCGCACGUAACGCCUAUCUAUUUGGAAGACAAGAAAAUUGAUGUCAAUAGACUUAAAUGAUAUAAAAAUAGAUAUACUCUAUAAUUGUUUUUAAUUAACUGUUAAA